CUACCCAUCUUUUCUUUUUUUUGGUUACAACAGCAGCUCAUACAAUUUGUGUGCGAGUACAGCCAGACGAAUCCCGCUCUCUCUCUCCUCUCUUAAGGAACUAAAAAGGAAGAGAGAAAGAAGAAAAAGAAAGGCUACAAGAAAAACCAAAGGAGAAGAGAAAAAAAAGCUUUUGUGAGAAGAGAGAAGGCCUCUUAGAAGAAUGGCUCUCAGAGUGACCCUUGCGCCGGAGAUGGCUCUCUGCUUCCCUCCCCCAAAGAGGAAUACGAAAUCCCCUAGGGUGUCCAUGACUUCAACCAUUAACUCCUCUCCAAAGGAUGAGUCUCCGAAGAAACCCUUCAGUCCUCGACGUGAGGUACAUUUGCAAGUCACUCAUUCCAUGCCACCUCACAAGGUUGAGAUUUUCAAAUCCUUAGAGGAGUGGGCAGAAAAUAAUAUCUUGGUGCUUUUGAAGCCAGUUGAGAAUAGUUGGCAACCGCAGGAUUUUCUGCCAGAUUCUCAAUCUGAGGGAUUUUACGAGGAAGUUAAGGAGCUGAGGGAGCGGUCAAGGGAGAUCCCUGAUGAUUAUUAUGUUUGCUUGGUUGGAGAUAUGAUCACUGAGGAGGCUCUUCCCACAUAUCAAACAAUGCUUAAUACUCUUGAUGGUGUCCGAGAUGAAACAGGUGCAAGCCUUACCUCAUGGGCUAUUUGGACAAGGGCGUGGACUGCUGAAGAGAACAGACAUGGUGACCUUCUUAACAAGUAUCUGUACCUAACUGGAAGAGUGGACAUGAAACAAAUCGAGAAGACAAUUCAGUAUCUGAUUGGUUCAGGAAUGGAUCCUAGGACAGAGAAUAGCCCCUACCUUUGUUUCAUUUAUACAUCAUUUCAAGAACGAGCAACCUUCAUAUCCCAUGGGAACACUGGUAGGCUUGCCAAAGAUCACGGGGACCUGAAACUGGCUCAGAUAUGCGGUACAAUUGCUGCUGAUGAGAAGCGCCAUGAGACUGCAUACACCAAGAUAGUGGAGAAGCUGUUUGAAAUUGAUCCAGAUGGGACUAUGAUUGCAUUUGCUGACAUGAUGAAGAAGAAGAUCUCGAUGCCUGCCCAUUUGAUGGACGAUGGGCAUGAUGAUAACCUGUUCGAACACUUCUCUGCUGUUGCUCAGCGAUUGCGUGUCUAUACUGCCAAGGACUAUGCUGAUAUACUCGACUUUCUUGUCCGGAGGUGGAAUGUGGAGAAGCUUACUGGCCUUUCUGGGGAGGGGAACCGAGUUCAAGACUUUGUGUGCACUUUGGCUACCAGGAUACGGAGGCUCGAAGAAAGAGCACAAGAGAGAGCCAAGCGAGCACCAUGCAUUCCCUUCAGUUGGAUUUAUGGUAGGGACGUGCAGCUUUGAAUUUGAGAACACUGAACAAAACAAUUUUGAUGUUGUGCUGGGACUCUCCAUUUAGCUGAGAGUUUUUCGAGGGGCUGCUAUUAGUUUCAUGUCAGCGUUCGGCUGGCUACUUGUAGGGGGUUUUGGGGAGUGUCUUAGAUGUAGGUCCAAGUUUUUUUGUGUCUGUGGGUUGGGUUUGUUCAAGUCUGUAAAUACUCUCUUUAGCAACUAUCAUGGAUAUGAUCUGGGGCUGAAAAAAUGGCUGUUGUUCUGUA